GUAACACUUUCUGUGUCCCUGAGUAACAGUUCUGUGUCCCUCAGUAACAAUUCUGUGUCCCUGAGUAACAGUUCUGUGUCCCUGAGUAACAAUUCUGUGUCCCUGAGUAACAAUUCUGUGUCCCUCAGUAACAAUUCUGUGUCCCUCAGUAACAAUUCUGUGUCCCUCAGUAACAAUUCUGUGUCCCUAGUAACAAUUCUGUGUCCCUGAGUAACAGUUCUGUGUCCCUGAGUAACAAUUCUGUGUCCCUGAGUAACAAUUC